AUGUGGAUUAAUCAUCCAUCAUUCUUAAGUGAAGUGAAGAAAGUAUGGACUGAGAAUAUUAUUGGUGAUGUAUCUUUUAUUUUCAUGCAGAAGCUAAAAAAGCUAAAAAAAAAGUUCUUAAGUGAGUGGAAUUGGAAUGUAUUUGGUAAUAUUAAUACAAAAAUUAAGGAAGCAGAAGAGAAAGUUCAAAAAGCAAUGGAGUUAUCCGAUCAAAAUCCCUUAAAUGAAGAUCUUUUGGCCAACCUAGUAGAAGCACCAAAUGAACAUGCAAGAAGAGAAGUUCAAGCAAAUACUUUUAUGAGACUUAAGUCAAGAGAAAAAUGGAUUAAAGAUGGUUCUGCAAACACUGCAUACUUCCAUGCUAGAAUGAUGAUUAGACAAGCAAGAAAUACAAUUAGUGAACUAGAAGAUGCAAAUGGAAAUAUUACUAGUGAUCAAUCUCAAAUUGCAGAUACUUUAGUCAAGCAUUUUCAACAAAAAUUUGAAGCUCAAGAUGUUGAUGUUUCUGAAAAAUUGCUUGAUGUUAUUCCCUCAGUUAAUACAGAUGAAGACCAAGAAAUGUUGGACUCCAUUUCCACCACUGAAGAAAUCAAGAAAAUUGUUUUUGAAAUGGACUCAGAUAGUGCCCCUGGUCCAGAUGGAUUUCCUGGAUCCUUUUAUAAAAGCUGUGCUAAGCAAGCAAGUCAAUAUAGACCAAUUGGAUUGAGUAAUGUAUUGUUCAAAAUUUUCACAAAAAUAAUCUCUGUCAGAAUGAAUGGACUCAUGGAGAAGUUAAUUUCAUCACAACAGGCUGCUUAUGUUAAAGGAAGAAGCAUUCAAGAACAAAUACUUCUAGCUUCAGAGAUGGUAAAUGAAAUGAGGAAAAAUAGAAGAGGCGGUAAUGUGGCUUUUAAACUGGACAUAUCACAGGCUUAUGAUUCUGGUGAUCCUUCAUCCCCUAUUUUAUUUAUUUUGAUGGAAGAUGUAUUGAGUAGAAAUAUCACAAAUUUGGUUAAUACAGGGCAGAUAACUCCAAUGCUGAUUGACAAAUAUCAACAUAGCUCUGGUCAGAUGAUUAACAAAUCCAAAAGCAAGUGUUUCAUUGAUGGUACUAAUUCAACCAGAAAGCAACAAACUAGUAGCAUAGUUGGUAUGGAUAUAUCUAAUUUUCCUGAUAAGUAUCUUGGUAUUAUUCUAGCUCCAGGAAGAGUAACUACUGAAAUGGUCUGUCCAAUAGUUCUUAUGCUUCAUAGCAAACUUGCAUCUUGGAAAGGAAGAUUAUUAUCUUUUCAUGAUAGACUGAUUCUUGUAAAAACAGUUUUGUGCAGCUACCCUCUUUACAAUAUGGCAGUUUAUAAAUGGCCAUCUUCAGUUAUUAAGAUAUGUGGAAAACUAAUAAGGAACUUUCUAUGGUCAGGUGAUGGAGAGGUUAGAAAGUACAUAACUUUAUCUUGGAAGAAGAUCUGUGUGCCAUAUAUUGAAGGUGGCUUGGGUAUUAGAAGGCUAGAAGUUCUUAACAAAAUUUUGCUGAUGAAAAUGAUGUGGAAAUUGGUAUAUUCAUCAGAUGAAUGGGCUCUGUUUUUUACAGCUAAAUUCAAAGAUAAAUAUGGUAUAUGUUUUUCAAAAUGGAAAUUAUCAUCAGUAAGAGCAGGUUUGCAAUGGGCUUGUCUUACUUUACAAGAAGAAAUCUCUUGGAAGAUUGGAAAUGAUGCUAGCAUCUCAGUAUGGUUUGAUAACUGGUAUGGAUCAUCCCCACUAAUUAAUGAAAUUGGUUAUACUGAUUUUGUUCAUAAUAAUAUGCAGUUGAAAGUUCAGGAUUUAAUCAUUAAUGAUCAAUGGAAUAUACAUCCUCAGUUGCAUCACUUGUUACAGAUUGAUAACUUGCCUCAUAUUCACAGUGGAAAUGAUUCCAUAAUAUGGAACCUACAUAGUAGUGGAAUGUUUAAUAAUGCAAAGGCAGUGGAGAAAAUAAGACACAAGGAAGAUAAGGUAGAUUGGUCUUCUUAUAUAUGGAGGAAAUCGUUGCACCCAACUAUUGCCAUCAACAUUUGGAAGCUUCUACAAGGAGUUUAUGUGAAUGAUGACAUGAAAAGAAAACAAGGAUAUGAAAUGCCUUCUAGAUGCUGUAUCUGCAAAUCAGAGAAGGAUUUUAUGGAGCAUACACUGUGGCUUUGUGAUUUCAGUGUUCAGCAUAGUCCUAUCAUUGAUGAAGUAUGGAUAAUAUCUGCUUGUACUGUCAUUAAGGAGUUGUGGUUUCAAAGAAACAGAGUUUUCUUUGAAGGAGGUGAUGUUAAUAUUCAUGGUUUCAAGCAUAGGGUUAUGAAGAUUGUUCAAGAUCAUGGUGUCAGAAUAAAAGGGGUCAGGUGGAACUUGUGUGCCGGUUAA